AUGGAUUUCCUACAUAGAGUGUCACAGCAGUUUGGUGAACUGGAGUGUAACGAUAAUAGUGUGGUGACGGUUUUGGGGAAGAGUUAUGGUGCAAUCAAGGGAGAUACAGAACAAGAUGAGGGUGGAGCCAGUGGUUACGGAGUUUUUGGACAGCUUUUCAACCGUAAUUUCGGUUGGAAUCGUCAAUUUUUGGCGGAUGUGGAGUCAAUAAUUCAUUUCACUUACAGAACUCGGUUUGAACCGAUUUUAAGAGAUCCCGAGGGCCCAUCACCACUUAAUUUUAGUACGCUCUUCAGAGAUAACCCGUUGAAUACGCUGGAUAAUGCAUUAAAUCAUCCAGAUUCUUUUUGCAGCGAUAUCGGAUGGGGGUGUAUGAUAAGAACGGGCCAAACUUUGCUGGGGAACGCUUUGCAACGUCUAAAAUUGGGUCGCGAGUACAGAGUGCCCGAAAAUGCCACCUCAGAGAUUUUAAGCUCAAAAGAGCUGGAACUUGUAUCUUGGUUCGAGGACAAACACGACGCGCCGUUUUCGCUGCAUCGAUUCGUGGAAAAGGGCCGUAAACUUUCGGGCAAGUCUGCGGGCGAAUGGUUUGGACCCUCAGCGACUUCGCUCAGUAUCAAGGCUUUAGUGGAAGAAUUUGGGUAUGAAAGCGGCAUCGACACAUGUAUUAUCUCUACGGAUUCUGCGGAUGUCUACGAAGAAGAAAUGGAUCAAGUUUUCGACAAAAAAUCCGAGGCCAAUAUUUUACUUCUAUUGGGCGUGAAACUGGGACUUUCAGGUGUCAACGAGCGAUAUUGGGAUAGUUUGAAACAGCUUCUGGCGUCGCCCCAGUCUGUGGGAAUUUCGGGAGGUCGGCCUUCGUCGUCGUUAUAUUUUUUCGGUUUACUCGAGGACUACCUCUUGUAUUUAGACCCACACUCACCACAGACCGAUCUCGCUGGAAUUGAGUCACCAGUCGAAAAAUUACGCUCGGUACACUAUGCCCGUUUCAACAAAAUGCACAUAUCCGAAAUGGAUCCCUCGAUGCUCAUAGGCGUAUUGAUACAAGGUCGUGACGAUUGGCUCCAAUGGAGGAACAGCGUCGAAAAUUCCCAGAUAUUUCACGUCAGCGCCACGAGACCGCAAGAAUUCUAUCUCGACGACGACGACGACGUAGAAAGCUUACAUUCUAAAGAAGCUAACAAACCUCUUAUAGGCGGCGAUUACGUCGACGUUGCUCCCAUGGUCCAGCUGGCUGGUGUCUCCAGAGACGACGCCUACUACGACGUUAAAUGCAAGAAUCAAAAAAUCGUAGUGGUAGGAGAAUACGACAACAGCGCCACCGAUAUGGAAGUCGACCAAGUGCUAGUAGAACAGGAAACGGUUCCAGUACCAGAGCCAGCAGUAUGA